AUGAUAUGCAUUUCCAUAUUACAGAAAUACAUAGAGAGUUUAUUUAUGCCAGGGUAUUCCACAGAAAUAAUGAGGCUGAUUCUCAUUGGGACUUUUCUUCUGUUUUUUGAAGUAAAUUUGAUACUUGGAGGUGAUAUCUCUAGCAAGAGGUCAAUUUUUGAUCAUCUCACUGAGCAGUAUUCGUUAAAAGAUGGUCGCCACAUUUUUGUGUUUGAUGGAGUAAUUCCAGAGGAAUAUAUUAUGGCUCUGAAUAUCUUCAUGUCUACCAAUGACAAUUGGAGAUAUGUGUUACCAGAUAUUCAUUCAGGAAGGAACGCAACACUUUACGAUUCUGGGAAUGGUAUUCCUUGGAAAUCAUGGAAAGAUCCUGCGGUAUUGGCAAAAACAAAUGUAGGGUUGCAACUGAAAAAUUUAAUUCAAGCGAUUGAUGCCGAGACCCAUGAUGGACGACAAUUGAGUUUUAGAAUGAAUGAGAUUUAUGCAGGAUUGAUCAGACGGGGUGAUCGAACGAAAUUGCAUCAAGAAGCAACAGCGGAAGAAAACUCGUAUUCGAUUGCUAUCUAUAUGAAUGUUGUUUGGAGAAAAAAUGCAUAUGGAGAGUUGUUUUUUUAUGAUGAAGAUGGGGAAAUUUUUGCACCGAUUCGACACAAAUUUGGUCGAAUUGUAGUGUGGGAUAGCUCAAUCACAUAUGUGUUUCGUCCACCAAGUAUAUCUCAGCUGGCAACCCAAGGAAUUAUCGUUUCUACUUUCAGUGCAGAUGAGAGAAAGAAUAUUCAAAAGUUAACAUAUUUUCAAAAAUUUUUGACGGAACUUCACAAUCCUCCAUACUUGAACAAUUGGAUUGGCCAUACUUCAAAAGCUUCAAGCUUAGAUUUUAAUAAGCAUAUGACACUAUAUCGAGAAAAUAGAAAUGGCCAUUUUGUUGCGGUAUUCGAUGGUUUGUUUGAUGAAUCAAGUCUGAGUUUAUUGCGUUCAUGGGUCAUAAAGUACGGAACGUAUUUCUUUGAUGGAUCAAUUGAUGUUGACAGUGACAAUGUGCAAUGGAUAGCAGGUAUUAAUGUUGAUGAUUUUGUCCAUACUCAAUUUUGGCCAGUCAUAAAAAGAAUGUCACAGUUUGUGACAAAAAAUGACACCGACUGGUAUCCUUAUGAUGUUGCAUGUAAUCUGAUAAGAACACAUGAUCACACUCGAUUUCAUCUUGAUACAUCCCAUUCGAAGGAAAAAGAAAUGACAUUUUUGUUAUACCUAAGUCCAAAUUGGACAGCUGCUGAUUACGGUGAAACAGCAUUCAUGGAAACGAAUGAUAAUGCACCAGACAACGAAUAUGUUGCAGAAGUCGUACCAAUGUAUGGUCGCGCGGUUAUUUUCAAUGGUCAUUUCCCUCACUCUGCAAGACCUCCAUCUGUGAUGCAUUAUGAUGCAAGAUACACAUUUGCUGUUAAAUUGUCUUAUACGAAGCUGUUGGCCGUUAGAAAAACAUUUGAUGAAGAAUUUAAGCACGAAGGUUAUUUAGUGAGCAGCUUUUCUUCUAUAAUGGAAUUAACAACAAGUCCAAGAAAAAUUAUUGCGCAACACAAGAUUGAAGCAGUAGCGGAACAUCUAAGCUCCCGACAUCUACAAAAAAUUUUAGGCGAGCAGAAUGUAGAAGAGGAAAAGUCUGACGAUGACGAAAUGAAUGAUCAAAACGAGAUGCAUUUGGGAUCGAAUGAAGACGAGAGUGAAUUUGAAAGAUUGCGUUCAUCCCUACCUCCAAGCGAGCGGAAAUUACUACAAAAAAUGGAGAAAUAUCACAACGUAGCGAGUACCAAUAAGAAAAGUGGAAAUGAUCCUCAAUUGGAAGAACUGAAACCUUUUGAUGAAGAACGUAGAAAGAAAAGUUGGAAAAAGUGGAAUAAAAUUUCUGGUAAUGCUCCAGACAAAGUGAAUGAUUAUCUUGAACUCUAUCUGAAACAAAGAACGUGGCUGAAAAACCACAUUGGAAAUAAAGUAGUUGCUAUUUUGUAAGUAAACAUUGUGUGAGAAAACGCAGCAUUUUAGGCUGAACCUAAAACCUAUCCAGCUGUGAGAAAUUUUACUGAAUUUAAAGUGUUCGUGGAUGUAGAUUCACUUUUUAAUUUGUGGAUUUUGUCUUCCUUGUACCAUGUGUAAAAGAAAAAGUAAUUUGAGGUUUGUUGUUCGGAUCAUAAAAACCGUUAAAAAUUCUUCAGUCAGCAUCUUAUUAUUUUCUUGAUUCAGUCCCUAAUCAUAAAUCAUAUUAAUACUUGUAUACCAUGAAUAUGCAACGUUUUUGCCUGAUAUUGCCAUUUAACACUCGGGUUUGUUCAUUACUUAUGCAGUUGCCUGCACAUUUAUUCCUAUUUUACUUUGCCAUAUGUUGCUAUGAGAUUACUAUAAGGAUGCAUCAUUUGAAUGCAAUACCCUGUCACAGAUUUUGUAAUAUUUUCAAUUAUUUAACCAGUGUAUUUUCCUAAGCACAAAUGACUUCAUCUUUUAUUACUGAACUAUACCAAUGAAUCUAUGCCAAUUUACAUAUUAACGCCCGUUUCCUUAGACACGGAAAUAAUUCAAUGGCAUCUCGAGUUCGCUGAAGUAUUGUUGUCUUUCACAGCCAUAUGCUGCUGGUGUCAUUUAUCAUGUUUCUCUACUGUAUAUCAUUAUGUCAGACUGAAGUCUUUCUAUGCAAUAUUAAACGGAAGAACAAGUG